AUGUAUGAACUGCUUGAGUACGAGGCUUCUAUUCUUGUCGACAUUCACCACGAAAGUUCAUUGCUGGUGCUUGCUGAUGGUCUGGGAAUGGAUACAAUUAUUUAUAACACACUAAGGUUACAUUCAGAUCCUCACAACUUAGUGCUUGUUUCGAACUAUCGUCUCCCAGAAGCUCGUUUUCUAACAGGUAUACUGGAAAAGAAUGGAAUAAUCCACUCUCCUGGAAUAAUUACUGCCGAGGUAAAUAAUAAGGAACGUGAGGCAAUUUACAAGCGAGGUGGUGUGGUAUUUGUCAGUUCUCGCAUAUUAGUUGUGGACUUACUGAUGGAAAGAAUGCCUGCCACUUUGGUUUCCGGUGUCUUAAUUCUUCGGGCACAUGAGCUACACGAGGCUUGUCAAGAUAGUUUCGCUAUUCAGCUUCUCAGAGAACGCAAUCCGCAGUUGUUUAUCAAGGCUUUCAGUGAUAAUUCAUUGUCUUUGACUUCUGGUUACAAUCAUGCAGAAAGGAUUAUGUUGCAGCUUGGUAUUUCAAAGCUUGUUCUUUGGCCAAGAUUCAAUAUGCAGGUUGUUUCUUGUCUAAAUGAAAGCCAACCUGAUGUGGAAGAAGUUCGCGUAAAGUUGACUUCAGAAAUGAUUAUUUGUCAGUCGUGUAUACUUGACCUUAUGAAGGCCUCAUUGAAAGAAUUAUGCGAUCAAAAUCCAACACUAAAUACGGACGAUCUUACCUUAGAAAAAGCUCUGUUACCGAAUUUCGACAGUCUUGUCUCGUUAUACGUUGACCCUCUAUGGAAUCAGCUCAGUUCAGUCAGUCGACGUCUUGUCGGAGAUAUUUCAAGCUUGAGGCGUUUACUCCACUUAUUGAUCGAAGGAGAUGCUGUCAACUUUUUAACCAAUAUGGAAGGUUUACGUCAAGCCGCUUUAGCAAGUUAG